UAUUCGCAAACAUUCCGCGGCUUACACACUCACAUUUGGUAAAGCUUUCGUAGAGGUUGUUAGUAUUUCCAUGGGCAGUUUUAUGAGCCUAGUGAUAGUUUGACAAGGCUUAUGUGCAAUGAAUGCGAAAAACGCUCAAGAAAAUCCGACUAAUCUUCAUUGUAAAGUAAGUUGAGUGCAUCCGCUAUAGCUGAGUGCGGCUUCUUUGUGGUCUUUGGAUAUAAUUGCUGUGAGAGUCGAAGCGUAUGAUAAUACGGGCCAGUCCAAAAUAGAGGCUGGACAGAUUUACAGAUGGGGAGAGGAGAUGGUGACAAACUACUUUUACUUAUUAUUCUCAGGAGCUGCCAUAUGUAGGUUGACUGGUUGGCCUCUUGUAGUCUCGUCAUACCUUUUUUUGUAUACUUGUGUGUUAUUUAUACAAUCCUUGUGAUUUGUUAUAUUGUUUGACAAGAAGUUACCUUCCCCCUCCUUUGUUGUAUUUUUUCCAGCGAUUAAAAUAAUAAUUCAAAACAUAGACAAGGGGCUUUAAAAAGGCAAUCUGAGAAGUCAUCCCACAGGAUCGGAUGGGACACGAUUGAAAAUCUAAUGUUUCCAGGGUCCAGAUAUAGUGGAUGUCACGUGAUCCAGGCUGGUGCGAAAAAUCUUUUAUUAUAAGGGUGCGGCCACACUGCCGGCGAGUCCCUCCCUAAAAGAUUUACGAGCCAGGUUACGUAACACCAACUAAAGUGAUCUGUGGACAAUUGAGAAAGGGAAAGGAACUCAAAGAUAGCGAGGUGAACCAACAACCAGGUGUAAGGGAACAGAGGCACAGAUGAAAAGUCUUGACUGACGAGGAGGCGACUCAUUACCUUUGUUUUCAGGGUCACGGACGAGAAUGAGGCGUCUGAAAGGUCUUGACCUAAGUGAAGACGACUAAAAGUAUAUUAAGGGUCAAGCGACCGAAUGGUGAAUACAAUGGAGUGUACUGAGCUGGACAAUGGCGCGGUGAUCACCUACCAGAUAAUCCUGCCCAUGCUGGUGGCGGUAGGCUUGGUUGGCAGCGCCAUCAGCAUCAUAGUGCUCAGCAAACCCAGCCUCAAGAACGUCAUGGGUAACAAGUACUUCCUGGCACUAUCGUUGUGUGACCUGUUCCUCAUCUUCUCAUACAUCAUCAUCGCCGCCACGGCCAAUGGUUGUGUCCUCAAGAGCUACGCAUCAGCCUGGUACUUCGCGCACUUUGGUUGGAGCGUCACAUGCACAGUCCACGCGCUGGGAACCUACAUCGUCAUCUUCAUGUCACUGGACCGGUUCGUGGGCGUGUGGUUCCCGAUGUGGUUCGUGGCGAUAACUCAGCAGCCUUUCAACAUCAACAAGAAGCUGUUGUUUGCUACCGUGCUGUGCUUCGGCCUGCACGUGCCCUACAUGGUGGACGCCGAGGUGCUGUGCGUGGAACCGUCCGUCAACAAAACCAGGGCCUACGUCGUUCAUGCGAAGGACAUCUGCACCAGCGACCUCUACAACUCCAACGACGGCUUCCAAAAGAGUUUCAAGGAGCCAUGGCACGAAGUGUACCGCUGCAUCUAUAGCCUGCUGGUGCGCUGGCUGCCCUGCGCCCUGCUGAUCGUCCUCAACUUCGGACUGGUGCUGGCGGUGGUCACCGGGAGGGUGAAGCUACCCCGGGCUCAGGGUGAGGUAGAGGCCAAGGCGUCAAAGGUCGAGGCGGGAAAGCAGCGACAACUCAAGAAGAACAAACAGGAGAAGGUGUUAGUGGCAACAGCCAUAGCCAUGACGGCCUCGUAUGUGGUGAUGACGAUGCCCAUCACAAUCUUCCUGACAGGCUACGCUAAGCCCAACGCUACACGCUGCACGGAAUCUAGCCCCGAGGAGAAUCUGAGGCACGUGGGGAACAUCACCCAGAUGCUGGAGCACGUGCUGCACGGCGUAUACCUCCUCCUCAUCAACCCGUCCUUCCGAAAGGAGCUGCUCUGCCUACUACGGUGCAGGAAGUCACCCAGCGAUGAAUUUUCAAGCAGUGAUCCCCCUUUCAGCAGUGCCUCCCGCUCCUCCGUCAACCUUUGCAGGGACUCCAUGGCCCAUUCACAGCUUUACAGACUUACAUUCGUUGAGACCGUGGUAGAAGAGACUUUAGAAGAGUCCAAAUAACUCGGCAGAGAAUCUGUAAAAAAGACCUCGGAAAACUUUGUCACUCUGUAGUGACAAUUCAGAGGAGGAUUCAGAAAAGUACAAGUCAUUCUGCAGCGACACGGUAGAAGAGACCUUAGGAGACAACAAAUCAUUAUACUGCGACAUUCUAGAAGAGACAGCAAGAGAGUGAUUGUGCAACCGGAACCUCAGCCUGCCAGACGGUAGCCAGGCAGGGUAGUGCCUUAAGCCCCAAAUACACUGCCGAAUUUGGUCUCACGAAUGUGCGCGAAUAUGCAAGACAUCCUGUGUCGCGAACAAGUUCGGCAUCUUUGUUGCCUGUUCUUGGCCGUUCGGGGACAUGUCUGCGUCCACCACACGACUUUUGACAAUUGGUCACGACCGCCACGAAAGUUUCAUGUUGCAUGAAAAAUUCGCGGCCGUUCGCCGAAUGUGCACGAAUACAAAAUGGACGCCGAAUUGUCGCCAACAUGUCGCAGACAAUUCGGCGUCCGAUUCGCGGUGUUCGGCGAAUUUUCGCCGAAUUUUGACCGUUGAAAUUUAAAUUUUAUUGGCAAAUUUGUCGCCGACAUGUCGCCGAUUAUUCGGGGACAUGUCUCAGACAUGUCGCCGAAUGGCCAAGACUAUUAGGGGACAUGUCCCCGAAUAUUCGGCGAAUUAAUCACGACACGGCAAACAGGUCGCGGUGGGAGGUGUGCACGGGGGUCUGUCUAUCUAUCUAUCUAUCUAUCUAUCUUUCUAUCUAUCUAUUUAUGUAUUAUCUUUCUAUCUAUCUAUCUAUCUAUCUA